UCUGGGACAAUCAAAAGCCAGAGUGAACUCCUUAGGAAUGCUCUCACUGAGAAUGCAUUUGGUUCUAGGCAACUAAAGAAACCACAGCAUGGAGCUCUGGAACUCCACCUUGACAAGUGGCUUCAUCUUGAUGGGGAUUCUGAAUGACAGUGGAUCUCCUGAACUACUCUGUGCUAUACUCGCAGUCUUGUAUAUGUUGGCCCUGACCAGCAAUGGCCUACUGCUUCUGGUCAUCACAAUAGAUGCCCAGCUUCACGUGCCCAUGUACCUCCUACUUGGGCAACUCUCUCUUAUGGACCUCCUGUUCACAUCUGUUGUCACUCCCAAAGCCCUUGUCGAUUUUUUGCACAAGGAAAAUACCAUCUCCUUUGGAGGCUGUGCCCUUCAGAUGUUCCUGGCACUGACAUUGGGAUGUGCCGAGGAUGUCCUACUGGGCUUCAUGGCCUAUGACAGGUAUGUGGCCAUUUGUCAUCCUCUGAACUACAUGACCCUAAUGAGGCCGAGAAUCUACUGGCUUAUGGUGGCCACAUCCUGGAACCUCGCGUUCCUGAGUGCUCUAGGACAUACUGUGUACACCAUGCACUUCCCUUUCUGUAUGUCCUGGAAAAUCAGUCACCUGCUUUGUGAGAUCCCACCCUUGCUGAAGUUGGCCUGUGCCGAUACCUCAAGCUAUGAGCUCAUGGUAUAUGUGACAGGUGUGACUUUCCUCUUGCUCCCUCUUUCUGCUAUAGUUGCCUCCUACAUACUGAUCCUAUUCACUGUGUUCCAUAUGCCCUCAAGUGAAGGAAGGAAGAAAGCUCUAGUCACCUGCUCUUCCCACCUGAUAGUGGUCGGGAUGUUCUAUGGAGCUGCCACUUUCAUGUAUGUCCUGCCUAGUUCCUUCCACAGCCCCAAACAAGACAACAUCAUCUCUGCUUUCUAUACAAUUGUCACUCCAGCCCUGAAUCCCCUUAUUUACAGCCUGAGGAAUAAGGAGGUCAUGAAGGCCUUGAGAAGGGUGCUGGGAAAAUAUAUCCUGCCAGCACAGUACACCUUCUAGGGAAGGCUCAA